UUUCGGGCCGUCAAACAUUAUUCUCUCACCUACUCACUCCACUCGAAAAUCGAAUCUAUUCGAUCGAGCGAGCGAGCAUCAAUGGAGUUCACGUUGCAGCAACUGAACCAGUACGACGGCUCAGUCCCCUCGAAGCCGAUUUACAUGGCGGUGAGGGGUCGGAUCUUCGAUGUCACCGCCGGAAAAUCCUUCUACGGCCCCGGCGGCCCCUACGGCAUGUUCGCCGGCAAGGACGCGAGCCGAGCCCUAGCCAAGAUGAGCAAGAACGAGGAAGACGUCUGUGCCUCUCUCGAUGGCCUUUCUGAGAAGGAGAUCGGCGUUCUCAACGAUUGGGAGAAGAAGUUCGAAGCUAAGUACCCCAUUGUUGGCCGUGUUGUGUCUUGAAUUCCUUAAUUAACCCUAUGAGAAGAAGUUAUGUAAUUUUGUUGAAAUUUGGAACCUCUGUCUGCUACUGAUGUGAUUGAUGAUGGAUUAUUAUGGUGUGUUGUUGGGUCAGAUGUGUUUGUUUUUUUGUUGAAUGGGUUGCAUAAAUAAAUUGAGGGUUGUAUGAAUAUUUUUAGUUUU